AGUAUAUUCAAUAUAUCUUAGAUAACUAGAUAUUAUCAAUUUCUACAAUCAAAUUAUGAACUUCGACAAUAUUGUAUUGAUGAAUGGUGACCUUGAAAACUCUUGUAGUUCUUACUCGAUUUCACAAGAGGGUCAGGCUUGUUUUGACAAUAAAAGCGAAAAUAACAUUGCAAAAGAACCAAGCUUAAAAUUUGAGAUAAAUUUCCAAAAACUCAACAAAUUCGAUUCACUUCUUCCUUACUAUUACAUUUCACUAACUCCUGAAACAAUUACUCAUUGGAAAUGGAUCAAGUUAAACUUAGUCAGAGCACUGAAAAACGAUGAUUUCAGGCCUGGAGUCUUGCAUUGGAGCAACCAAAUUUACUUGUACAUUUUGAGACAUGGCCUCCGAUUUAACAAAGCCGAUCAUAUAUUGCUUAUAGAACUGUUAUACCAGUUAGUCACAGACUCCGAUAUGGAUUUGGACAUAGUUAACCAAGUAAUUCUCGUCCUGAUCGAAUUGCUCAGAAAGAGGGAAUGUUUAGUCAGAAAUUUGGACUUGACUAUUGAUCUCCAACCUUUAUUUAGACUAUAUAAAUGGGUGGUGAUAGACCGAGAGGACAGUGAUAAGACGGAUUACGGUAUGACCAGAGCUCCAAAACAUUUUGGCCGGAAUCUGUCCAACUUAAUUAAAUUUGCUCGUGUUUAUUUCCAUUCCGGAUCUUGGUCAAUUUUAAGGCAAAAGCUUAAUUUUCCUUACCUAUCACCUUUCGAUGGCAAGAGGUUAGAACAGGCAACUCACAUGUUGGAACUCUUUUCCCCAACUAUAUUUUGCAGCGUAUUAGAAUUUAAAACGGAAAUUUUACCAAACGAAGUGAGUGAAAUUCAAGAUGCCAAUAAUAUCAAUAGGGUUGAAAUUAGCAAGCUCGGCUAUCUAGGCGAUCUUAUCGCUUUUUAUUGUAGUUAUGAAAAUUUUCCGGCUUGGGAUCGUCACCUAAUAGCACUUUUUGCUAGAGUGGCCGAAAAUAAUAUAGGUAGUUACGAUUGGCCCCCAACUUUCGUGGAAUUAUUUUUCACUAAAUUUUUGGCAAAUCUGAACCUUCCCAUUUCCGGCAUGACUGUUGGCUAUAGGAGCGAUCAUUUUCACAAAAUGCCGAUCUACGAAACGGCUAAGUGGAUGGUUUACUCUAUCAAAGGAACCUUCGACGAAAAACCAGUAACAGAUAAACGCACGAUAGCAGAUACAGUUCAACCAAAAUUGAUAACACUUCUAUCGGCUAUCGAAUCUUAUUUGCAUCCAUCUAAUUUCGGGAAAUGGACAGGUAUUUUGGUGAAAUUCGUGAAUUCACUCGUUGUUUGUUUUGUUGAUCGCAUUUAUUUCGAAAGACGCAAAGUGUUCAAAUGGGAGUCGAUCAUUCCAAAUCACGCAAAAUUGAGCGACGAACAAUGCCAAAAAUUCGUAUCCAGUCUAGAACCGAUCAUUUUCUUGCUAAUAUUUGAUAAAAAAUAUUAUCGCAACAUAACCUUAACAAUCAAAUCACUCAUAUCCUUAUCUGCUAUAACUAUCCUACCUCCUCUAAUGGUCAAAAUUUUUUCUGCUUUUGAAACCGUUCUUGAACCCCACAGACUCAGAUCUUGUUUAGCUGUGGCAUCGGUUCUAGCACUUCCAUUAACAACCAACCUUUAUCAGUCCGUUGAUUUAUCCAUCACCAAGCAUAAUGAUUACGCCUAUCUUUUCGCUCUCUUGAAAUUCGCCCUCGUAGCCAUAGACGCCAAUGAUUCCAUCAAAUGCGCCUCUUCGUUGCUUCUUAUUUCUGCUUUAACCAGUUUAAUACCGAUCGCUCAAAUUCCUGAUAAUAGUAUCGAUAUAGAUGAUCAAAUUAAUGAUUUAGUAGAUGAUCAAAAUGGGUUAAAUGAUCAUCUCAAUAAGUCUCUUCCUAACAAUUUUCAAUUAUCCAAUGAGGCUAUAAAGUCAGAAAAAGUUCCUUUAAAAGCUGUUGCCAUAAAUUAUUCUUCCAACGAUAUCAUGGAUUACAAAAACCCUAAAUCUUUAAAAUCUAUAAAGGCCUUAGCCAAUAAACCUAUUAGUGAUCAAAUUCCUGUAUUAUUCGUUAAAAAAGAAACUCCCAUUCUUUCUAAAACUUCAAACAACGAUCUAAUACGAAUAAGUCUAGAGGCUGGGCCUUUCUUUAAAGAAUUUAUUAUAAACCUGUUGGAUAAAUGUUUCAAUCUUGCGGAUUCCAUGGAUAACUCCUGCAUGGAUAACGGGGGGUCCGGAUAUAAUAGUCGGGACGAUUGCAAAGGGUUCAAUGGGAGUCUACAACUACCAUUCAAAAGCCUCGAUGAAACAUCUUUAAGCUUUGCCAUUAUGAGUGCUUUGGAAACGGUUUUAAGACAAUGUUCUCCUGAAAUAUACGAAUCCGCUGUUCAUUAUUCCUUAGACAGAAUGAAAAAUAUCUUGUACUCAUCUAAACCGGCUCGAGAUGCAAUAUCGGAUCUUUGUUUGGGACUUUGCAUAGCUGAUCCAUCUAUCAGCUUACCUAUUAUUUUACCCUUUUUUGCUGGUCGCUUAACACAAUGUUUGAUCGAAAGGCAAAAUUUACAAAAUCAAUCUAACGAAAAUCCCCAAAUGGAUGAGCCCGAACUUCUUUGGUACUCCCAGAUACUGGCCUCUAGUCUCAGAAACACGGGGACCAAAGUUCUUAUUGUUCUUGCACAAGAUUUAUGGAGGUUUCUAAAAGCUGGCUUAAAGGUUGAAUCGAUCAUUUCUUCUGCUUCAUCUGAAAGUGAAAACCUCAAUAACCAUCCUUUCUUAACCCCUAGAAUAGAAGUUUUUGAGAUUCUGGGGGAAUGUUUAUCCAAUUUAAUGAGUUCACUGACCAAAAUUUACAUUCAGGAUUACAAGAGUCUUAACCCUCAAGAAUGGAAGACUUAUACUAUGAAUAAAAAAUUGCACAAUCCGUUUCAAUAUUGGGGAAAGUUGUAUAAACAUAACGAAGUUAAAUUAGAUUGGCACGAGCCUUCUCCACAAGGCUUGGAACUAACCCGCUCUCUAUUGGACCAUUUCUUAUCACCUUGUUUAGCCUACAUAGAUCAUUGGGUUACGUCAUCUCAUAAGAACAGCUCUUCUCAUCAGAACACUUGCCAUAAGGAGGUUUUGAGAAGAUGUCUCUGUAUAGUCGAAAAGUGUUUGAUAGGAUGCGGGGCCGUUUUAGAGCCCAUAUAUAAAUGCGAUUUAAAUUAUAAUAGUACACAUGAAGAAGAACCGUUUAUAAAAUCGGAUAUGAUCGAUAAGUAUGACGGAUUGGCCUAUCCAUUUAUCUCUACGAUAUUUAUUAAAGAUUGUGAUAAUAAUACAGUCUCGAAGAUGGAUAAUGAACAAGAAAAAAAUAAAGGAACUCAAAAUUAUGUUCGAAGCAACGGCAAUAAAGAAAAUGGAAUUGUUGACGGUCUUGAAAGCGUAGAACUAAGCGAAAAUCAAUCCAAAAUACACUAUCAAAAUGCCAUUAUAACUCGCUUAGGCUUCCACAAAUUACGAUCUCGCAUAGCCAAAAGCGUCAGGGCUUUACUACUCAAUCAUUUGUUCAUUUGUGACUCCAGUCAACGACCUAAGUUAGGCACGGGUGAAGAUUACAUUUCUUUGAACUACUUGAUUAGCAUAUACCGACUCUUGCUAUUUUACAGGGGCUAUUUUCAGACAGAUAUCGAUUCUAAAUGCCAAACUUAUAAGCAAGCCAAGGUAUAUUUUGGGGAUCGUUGUUUGGCUUAUAAGCGCUGCCCAAGAUUCGCUCGUGCUCUGAGGGCCCAAAUUCAACACGAAAUACUGUGUAAUAAACAUCUCAACACUACUUUUACGUUGGAACAUCAAAAAAUGACUAUAGACUUAACGCGUGUCGCUGUUUGGGUAGCUUACAAAGGAGUUCGGGAUUCUGCCCUAAAUUUGCUUGAUGACAUACUCUCUAGAUGGAACGGGUCGGCUAAGGCUUUGCUUAUAACUCAAUUGCAAGCUUUUGUCAAGAUUCAGCAGCAAAGUAGAAUUGUCAACCCUCUAAGUUUCAACGGAAAAAUUAAUGAAACGAAAUCGAAAGGGGAAAAUAAUGGCGCUCAUUUAGAGUCGGACCAAUUACAAGCCCCUGAGGUUUAUUAUAAGACGGAAAAGGAAUCAGGCGAAGGGCAUAAUAAUAAUGACAUGGGAAAAUUAAAAACACAAUUAGAUUCUAUAGGGCAAAAACGCAGUCUUAAUUUAAAUUUAAAAUCCGAAAAAAUCUCAACACUAGUGGAAUUUGAUUUGGAGACCCAUAAAUUAGAUAGUAUGGAAUCGGAUAUUGAUAUAAUUUUAGUAAAGAAUCCAGAAAAUCGCAAUAAACCUUCUGUAAACAAAGCCAAUGAUAAAUCUAUCUUUAUGAAUCACGAUAUAAGGUCUACAAUGCAUUUAUCAUAUCCACAGGCCGUAAGUAGUUCAUCAUAUGAUUCAUUAGAUCCCGAAGCAUUAGACCGGGCAAGCGAGGCUAUGUUCGCCUUGAUUCUUGGAGGUAAAGGCGGAAUCUUAAGCGAUAAUUGCUUAGGUGGAACUAAUCAACCUGACGAGAUCUGCGCAAUUUGGCGCCUCCUCUUCGAAAUUCACUUACCAGAAAAAGUUGCUGUGAUCGAUUUAUAUGAUGAUUGUGUAGAUACCGUCCUAGGUGACGCACUUAUAAACCUUAAAAGGCAUUACCUCAUACCAAAAAGCAUUGACUUGAUAUUGGAAAGAGUAUUAUAUUCAGAAAAUUACACCAACGAUGAAAUUAAUUCGUGCAAUAAACAAGGAAUUUCCCAUUCAGAUGAUUUUGAAAGCCAUUAUCCUGUGUUUAAAUGUGAAUUACCACUUGCCAAACCCUUUCAAGAAAAUCUGUAUCAUUACCGUCGCAUCUCUUCCUCACACCUUCCAGCGUGCUCCUAUCUAACCGCUCUACAAAAUUACCUUUUAAAUAUCGCGCUUCCAUCGUUGGCUCGACAAAAUUGGCGCUACCUUUUCGUAGCCAUUCAUAUGUUGGGGGACGUCAUCUUUUUUCAUGAAACGCCGUUGACACCUGAUUUAACACGCCAAUUUUUUUCUGCUACGCUUACGCCUUUGGGGCCCGUAGAUGAUUCACCAUUAGUUCGCUUAUUGUAUUUGGGAAAUUGUGUCGGUUUUUUGAAGCUCCUCAAAAAAUAUCCCGAAUAUUCCAAAAGAGCAUGCCUUUUAUCGUCAUCCAUAAAUAUUAUUAGUGAAAAUUUUUUUGUAGAAGAAAACGGGAAAAUCAAACAGACAAAAAUGGUAGAAAAUACAGGAUCUGUAAAUGUUCAAAUUAAUCAACUUAAAACUGAGGCGAAUAUGAUACAAUGUAGUCAUUUUAGGGAAAAGAUGAUCGAUUUGGACAGCGUAAAUCGUUACUCCUAUAAGAAUAAUAAACUAUAUGCGGAUUCUGAAAUACCUCAUAAUCUUGACUUAGAUAUGGUCGAUAUAAACUCUAAAAAUUUAGAGAAGGUUAACAAUAAGAAUUCUAACAAGGACUCUUCCCUUCAAAGGACUGUUAAUAUGAAUUUAGUCAACGAUCAGAUUUUCAUUCACAAACGUUAUAUUGGCUACACCAGCCCAAAUAACCCUUUAUUUCACUCCAGCGAGCUACCUCUUCUACUUAACCUCAUAGACUAUGGAUCGUUCGGACCAAAUUACCAACGAGAAAACUCAAGUGGAUUUGUCCGACCUUAUUUCGAAUGUGCCUAUUCUCAAAAUCUUAUAAAUAGCGUCAGUUCUAAUGACAAUUUAUUAGCAUUUAAUAAACACGUAAAUGUUGGUAAUGAUUAUAUCAAGAGUUCAAUUCACCAUAAGAGGAAAGAAUGUGCGCUGGAAAUCCAUAGGAUAGUUUAUGAGACCACUUGUUCUCGACCUUUGAUCGACGGAUUUUUAUCUAAAAUGGCGGCAUCUGAAGACACUGAUAUUGAAUUCGAUUUAUUACGAGUUAAUUUUUUUAAGGGCCUUUUCCGUAAUAACGGUCCAAUACUAACCCGCGUUUACAUGGAUUACCUAGAGGAACGGCUUUGGGAUGCUAAAACACCAAUAAACUCCAAACCUUUAAGCCUUCAUUGUAUAGCAGCUGAAAUUUUUGCCGGUUGGAUUCGGGCCAGCAAGUAUUGGCCGAUGCAACAUAGUGUUGAGUUUUUUUUGAUGUAUCGUCCCUUUAUAGACGGUGCUAUUUUAAAGGCAUUGACUCCCGAGAACUACAAAUUUUGGCGCUCCUCCUUAGCAUACGUUUGCAUAAAUAGGGACCCAAAUCAUUUACACUGGUUGUUGGAACAUUUGGUAGCAAAAUGUUGUUCCUUCUUUCCAUUAGAUGGUGUUGAAGAAAAGACGAAAAGAUGCGUCGAAAAUGAAAAGGCUGAGAAAGAAAGGGACCAUUGGUCUACUCUUAACGUUAGCCUGACUCUCAAAUUAACUAUAGAAGCCCUUGACAGAUUUCAUUGGAGAAUAGGAAAAUUGCACGAUAAACUAGCACGUCAUAUUUACACGUUUUUUGUCGGGACCAAGGAUGAUUCUGACAAAGGAACUGAUUUUUAUUUCAAUGGGAGAUCUAAAAAUUUGCAAAUCGCCAUAGGAGGACUUUUAGCCCUUCCCUUUAUAUUCGCAGAUCCCUAUGGCACUAACGUUAACGGUGGUCCAUCUUUUUCUGAUUUUUUUCGUGACACAAUCGUGCCAAACAUAGUAUUACACUUGCAGACGCUCUCUCGCGAACCUAAUCAAUCUAAUAAGGAUCAAAUUUCAACUUUGGAGGUGGAUUAUGAUGAAGAUAAUAAGGCACAACUCUCUUCUGAAUUUGAUAAUAGCCAAACUACUAAGAAAAUAUCUCAAAUUUCACAGAUAUCAGACCUUAGUCCACCUUUGCUUGAUCAUACUGAAAAUCCUUUUUCGGUAAGAGACCCUACAGAAUACUAUAUAAACGAUCUUAUUCAUACAAUGACGGAAAAGUUUCCUAAAUCAUCCUAUACUUACCUAAAUUUCGAACGAUCGAAAAUCCUUAAAUCUUCCUAUUCUUCCCAAAACGCCGAAAAAUCAGAAAAUUCUUUCAAAACCUUCCUAAAACUUCUCAAUUCUCUCCUUCAAAGAUCGGCACACCCUUUAAUAAUUCCUGAGAUGGCGCAUUUUUUGCCUUGUUUGUUCUACUUGGAAAAAAGAAUCGAGAGUAGAGAUCCUCUCUCUGCCAAGGAAAUGGCCGCCGCACACAUAUUUGUCUCUCGAUGUGUUUCUUCUCGCACCUAUUUAUCGACCGAUGAAAAUAGUAUCUUAUGCUCACUCGCAGCUCAUUUUAUUCAAUGUCCAUUACGUAAAGCGCGCGCAUCCGCACUUUCUUACCUCGGGGCUUCUAUCUUUUGCGAUUCUCUUUUUAAAUCCCCUAAUUAUACAAACUCUCCUUUAAAUUCUCUUCAAACUAAUAAUAAUAAUGCCACAGCUGCUUUUCGAUUUUGUUUAGCAGGGCUAGCAGACCCUGCUUUGGAGGUCAGGGAACGAGCCCGGGAUACAUUAUCUGGUCUAUUGAGAUGCAAGUACUUACCCUUCAAUAAUGUUGAAGACGUGCAAGCUUUAGUAAGGACAUUGACCGAUUUGAUAGAUUUGGAUGCCAAUGAACUUAAUAAGGAAAAAAGAGUGAAUCAAGAUCAAAAUGUUUUUUAUUCCGUCCCUAACUGCUAUUACGAUCCACCACAUUUGUUAUCUCAAGUUGUACAAUUACUAUCACCAACUAACGACAUUGAAUUAAAUCAAAUUGAAAGUCCUAUUGAAAAUAAAAUCAAUUACAACUUUAGGUCAGCCGGCAUAUUGGGGCUUUGUGCCAUUGUAGAAGCGUUCCCAUACGAUAUCCCACCGGCAUUGCCUUCUAUUCUAGUCAAGUUAUCACAUUUAUCUCACACCAGUUUCUCCAAAAAACUGGGUAAAAUUGGAACUGGAGCCCAAACUUCCAACUCUCAACUUAUACGCCAAACAAUGGCUAACUUUAAAAGGACUCAUCAAGAUAAUUGGCAUCAAGACCACAGGGCUAAAUUUACCGAUGAGGAGCUCGAAAUUUUGGCCGACCUUUUGGUUUCACCUAAUUAUUAUGCUUGAUAAAUCUAUUACAAGAUAUAUAUUAGAAACAGCAAUGAUGUUCAACGAUAUUUAAAUUCUACCUGAUUUAUUAAAUGAAAAUGAUAAUAUUUCAUUUUAUGGUUUAAUCUAAAUAUAAUUUAUGUAAAUUGUCAUCGGGCAAUUAUUGAUAAUGAUUAAUAA